AAGAGGGGGGAAGGGCGAUUUAUGGGCGUGGUUUUCGAUCAGCUGCAGGGGCGUGGUCAUCUCCUUGUGGCCGGCUAGGUAGACGGACGGACUCAUGACUUCGUCUCUCCGCUCGCUGUCGGGGGGUGGCGGAGGGUUCACGUGGCCGUGGCAGUACUACUUUCCCCCGUUCUUCACGGUCCAGGUGAACAGCGACACCAGGGCCAAGCAGCUGGAGGCGUGGUGUCGCCUGGUACUCGACUACCACCGGGCCCACAAGUCGUACGUCCUGGACAUCAGCGAGGCUCAGUCCAGCCAGCUCUUCUCCAACCAGGACAUCAACCGUAGAUUACCACCAGAAGGCAUAGAUCUUGUACUCAAAACACUAGAAUCUAGGGGUAAUGUAGAGUGGCAGAACAGUGAGAAGAGUCGGUGCCUGGUGAUGUGGAGAUCUCCCAGAGAGUGGGGGGAGCUCAUCUACAAAUGGGCCCAGGCCUCGGGACAUGGUAACAGUGUGUGUACUCUCUAUGAGUUACAUUCUGGGGAGGAUACAACUGAGGAAGAGUUCUGUGGAAUCGAGCUGUGGGUACUGCAGAGGUCCAUCCAGGCCCUGGCCAGAGAGGGGAAGGCUGAGCUCAUCCCAGGAGACAGUGCAGACGGCUCUGACGCUGGUGUCAAGUUCUUUUCCUGAGACAUGAGAUCUUUGUGCAUGCUCGGGAAAUAUUUUUCGUUUGUGUCAAUGAAACACCCAUUAAAGGGAAUGUGGCAGUACGUAAGGGCUAAAUAAACAAUAGAGCCUUGUGAGAAGUGUUCUCUUUUAGUAACAUUUCCUUAAUUUAGCCAUAAUAACUAUACUGCCACAUUCCCUUUAACUUUUCCUUUGAUCUUGACA